AUGGCUGUUUCAAAGACAGCUGCGUUUACUCAUACGGUUAUAUUUCUGGCUGGAAUGUUUGUUGGAUACAAACUGAAGACCUGGCGUUUGAGAUAUCUACAAAAUAAGAGAGACAGACUGAUGCGGAAAGUGGUUGCUACGGAAAGACAAAUUCGUGUUGCAGCUACGAACUAACUGUGAAAUUUAUUGUCUGUGUUUUAUAUUAAACAGUUAAAGGUCAAACCAGUGUUUAAGUUUACUCAAGUUACUUGUUAGUAUGCCAGUGACAGUGCAUAUCUGCCACAUCAUCAACAUAAGCUAUACCUAAGUAGGGUAUAUACCUUACUCAAGUUACUGAAAUGUCGGUCAAACAAGCUCGGUGACAAAUUAAAAUCAAUUAUAGAAAUGUGUGAUACAACCCCGGUUAUGAUUGUUCAUGGUGGGGCCUGGGCGAUUCCCGACGACCUUGCUGAAGCUAGUGUCAAUGGAGUGAAGAAGGCCGUGUGUGCUGGAUACCAGGUGCUAUUACAGGGUGCUGCAGCCGUUGACGCUGUGGAAGCUGCUGUGUGUAUGCUCGAAGAUGAUCCUGCUUUUGAUGCCGGUACGGGCUCCGUGUUGAAUUUUGAUGGUGAGGUUGAGAUGGAUGCGGUGAUAAUGGAUGGGCAUGACCUUCGCGCAGGAGCUGUGGCUUGUGUACAGAACAUAGCUCACCCAGUCAAACUUGCCAGGAUGGUCAUGGAUAAGACUGACCAUGUGCUUAUUGUUGGCAAGGGAGCUAAUCAGUUUGCCAAGGAAAUGAGAGUGGAGACUGUGCCUACGGAGAAACUGGUCACUGAAGAAGCAGUUCGAGAAUUGGAAUAUUAUAGGAAAUACAAGUCGACUGUGAACAGUCUGUUUAAAACAAGAGAUGAUGUCCUGGGCCAUGAUACUGUUGGUGCUGUUGCUCUUGACUGUAUGGGAAAUCUGGCGUUUGCUACAUCCACUGGAGGCAUCUCAGCCAAACGUCCUGGAAGGGUGGGAGACGCACCUAUAAUAGGUUGUGGUGGGUAUGCAGACAGCAAGGUUGGAGGUGUGUCGACAACAGGACAUGGGGAAGCCAUCAUGAAAAUUUGUCUUGCCAAGAACAUCAUUCAUUUCAUGGAACAAGGCUUAUCACCACAAGAAGCAUCCGAGUCUGCUCUGAGGUCCAUGGCCGAGAGAGUGUCAGGAUCUGGGGGAGUCAUUACCAUCAGUAACCACGGCAACGUAGGCAAGCACUUCACGACAGAGAGAAUGGCAUGGGCGUGGUUGAAAGAAGGGCAGAUGCAUUACGGACUGAAUCCCGGAGAAGACUUUGUUACUCAGUACAGUGUACAAUAACAGUAAAAUAAACAAAGUAUCAUGGACA